UGCAACGCAGUGUGUCCGACCGUCCGCUCAGAUGGAGCAGGACCAGCAUGCGGGGACGCCGUUGCCCGGGAGGCGCGUGCGCGCGGACACGAGGCACCCGGUGUACCGCGGCAUCCGGUACCGCUGCGGCAAGUGGGUCUCGGAGAUCCGCGAGCCGCGCAAGUCCAACAGGAUCUGGCUCGGCACGUACCCGACGCCCGAGAUGGCCGCGGCAGCGUACGACGUCGCCGCAUUGGCGCUGCGGGGCGUCGAGGCCGGGCUCAACUUCCCCGGCACGGCCCUGUCGCGCCCGGCGCCAGCCUCGUGCUCCCCAUACGACAUCCGCGCGGCAGCGGCAGCGGCCGCGGCUGCUGCUGCUGCUGCGAUGAUCGGUCCGGGUGAAUGCGACCAUUUGCCGCACGCCGCUGCAAGCACGUCCGGGUCGGAGGCCGCGGGUGCUGCCGGCGCCUCAGAGCACAAGGCGGGCGACAAGCGCAUUGUGGACGAGGACGACGUCUUCCAGAUGCCGCGGCUGCUGGUGAGCAUGGCCGAGGGGCUGAUGAUGAGCCCGCCGAGGCUCAGCCCCGCGACGGACGGAGCCGUGUCGCCGGAGGACGAGAACAACGAUGGCAUGAGCUUGUGGGAUCACUGCUGAAUCUGACGUGCUGCAUAAAACUCGACCCCGACGAGACGCAUGUUUGCUGUGGCUGUGCCUACGUGAACGGGCAAACGGCCACCCUUGUAGUAUGUGAAAUGGUAGGCAGAGGCAGGGCAGGAUACAACUUUUUUCGUAUGCGUCCUGUUAUU